AUGGACGGACAGCGACCAGCUUCACAGAAGCUUCCUGCGGGAUUAGCGGGUGUAUUGAACCCAGACGAAAACCGCGACUCGGCUUAUUACUCUAGUACAGAUGCCUCAAGCAAGCAUAACUCUGCGGCAUCAGGCGUCGUGCACCAUGCCCUCAGCCCCACGGGGUCAGGCUACCAAUCUUCGCUGGCAGACAAGACACCUUCGCCUGUCACGGCUAACAUGAUCCCUCAGCUGGUGUCGCCUGGACAGAGCAACAUGAGUGUCGCCGCCAUGGUGUCGCCAACAACCCCCGGUAGCGCUGACCCGCGUCGAUUCGAGCGCCCGACAUCACUGGAUUCCGGAGUGGUUCACGACAUGAUGGGGCCUGGAUCCCGAAGAGAGAGUGUAGACAGCCGGAUAAAUCAGGGUUUUCACGACUUGAGAUUGGGCGGGAACUCGCCAUACGCGAGUCACAACCAGUCGACUACCUCGAUCCAGAACACUCUCAACCAGCAGCGCAACCCCCGUCCCGGCUUGGACAAUCUUUCGGUACACCGCAUCUCCAAUGGAUAUCAGCCCAGCAGCGACAGAAACCCUGAGCACCCAAAGAUCAUUCGGACCGCCCCGGCCAUUACAGGCCCUGCGACGAGCAACAUCGCCCGAGCUGCGGAGCCCACCAAGGGUCAGGCAUGGGCUUUCCCAGAGGAAGAAAUACAACGAAUCAGCCACCACGAGCAGUACUUGGACUCGAGACGUAGUAGUAUCGCCGAGUCCAUAGCCAGCAGCCAGUUCACCACGGAAUCGAGACUACCGCCUGGCCAGAGACGUUUGGACGAGCCUGCCGACUUCAACAACCGUUUAUCAAGCACCUCUUCCGAUUUUCCUCCCGUCCAUCAUCACUCCCUGCAGCUCAAGCAAAUUGGAGAUCUGCGCGACGACGAUGCCGCAUCGCGGACGGGCUCACAACCUUACAGCCGCACGCCUGAGCUGCGGAAGAGUCACAAGUUGGCGGAACGCAAGAGAAGGACGGAGAUGAAGGAAUUGUUCGACCAACUCCGCGAUUUGAUGCCACAGGAGCGAGGUUCCAAAGCGUCAAAGUGGGAAAUUCUUACCAAAGCUAUUUCCGAGCACCAACGAAUGGCAGACGUCAUGCGCAUGGUGCAGUCGCAAAACACAACGUUGGCCCAGGAGAAUGACGGACUGCGACAAGACAACCACAACUUGCGCGUAGACAUUCAGCGUCUCCAGAAUGAGCUGCACAACACGAGGCUGCAACAGUCCCCCACAGGCCAGGCGCCGCCUCAAUCCCAAGUCCCUCCCCCUCAAGCGGUCGGGUAUCAGGCGGAUCCUUACGCGGCCCGCCGUGAGCUGCCACCAAUUCGAGGGCUGAACGGCAACAUGCCCAACGGGCCUGACUCAAUGACGGGCGUCCAGUACGAGGCUCCCAGAGUCAACGGCUAUCGUCCCGAGAGGUACUGA